AUGGCUCCGCAACCGCCAACCUUGUCGGAUCGGCGACUGGAGAACCGCUCCUCCGAAAUGUCUGUCAUGAGUGGGACUACUGCGAAGAUGGCGCUGCUGAACCUAGACCUGGAAGACAAGCUCGCAGAGGAGGCUCGCAAACAAGGGGAUCUGCAGAGCCAGCUGAAGUACAUGCUCUCGUUUAAGUCGGCCAUAUCCACAGCAUCGUCCACAGCUCAAGGGAACGAAGCGGCAGUUCAUGAGAUGGAGAAGCAUCGGGAGAUUGGAACCGGGUCGAUCGGGAAAGUCUUCGAGUUUACUGGCACCAGCAUGUAUUUCAAAUUACAGCUCACAGACAGCCAAGAGACACGAGAGAAGCUGGCCAACAACUACAAGUUGCAACUCAAGAUCGGUGAAGCCUUCGACAGAAUCGCAAAGAUCUCGAAGAUGGAGCUCGGAGUCCAGGUGCCCAGAGCGCACUGGAUCGCUACGCCCGACGAUAAGUCUUUCUGGGAACCCAAUCUGGACAGAUUCGAAUGGUCGAAGGAGUUCCCAAAGCAAUCCCGGGAUGUGCUCUGUAUGGAACGUAUCUUUCCCAUGCCGCAGCCAGUCCGCAGCGCUAUCAUCGACUAUUUCUGCCAAUGGGAGAUCAGACAAGCCGCUAAGGAUGAUCUGGCCAACAGAGACUGCAUGGUGCAGCCGUUCCUGGGCCGCAAGCGGCAUGGGAACCAAGGCAGCAAGCUGAAGAGUUUCAGUCUUCGUAACUUUAAGCUCCAUAUCAACGACCUGCAGAAACUGGGCCUUGCGCCAACAGAAUGGGCAGAAGCAAUGGCAGAAGGAAUGGCAAUCCUACACUGUUCCGCCAUGGUUGACGGCAACGACAUCGAAUUCGUUAUCGGCAGCUCCCCUACCCCUCAACAAUCAGUACGCCAUGCUCCAAGGUACGCUGACGUGCAGAAGCUUGAGGCGGGCGAGAGUACCUUCAAACUUGCUACCAGUUCCGGUCAAGACUUCCGCCAUCGCAUCAACUCUCUGUGGCUCUUGGAUUUUGAUGCUUGCAAAGACAUCCCCAUGGACCAGUCAGGCGUUGACGCCGCACUGGCAGCUUUCUUGCAGUUGUACCAGUGUCCGCGUCCACACACCGAUGACUCACGCCUUGAGGAGAUGUGGAAGGCUUUUGCCGUACGAUAUCGGGCUGUCGCCAGCACGUGUGGUCAACGGGAGUUUGGUCGGCGUUUUCUGGAAGCUGUAGAGGCCGCGGUCGAAAAGAUGAACCAGGAGAAGCAGGAGAGGGACAAGCGGUCGAUGCCUCCGCCUUCUGGACGAUCUGGAGGGACAGCAGAUCCAUUCCAGCGCCAGCGCGAGCGGGGCUUCGGCGAACCUCAGUCGGCAAGAAACAGUCCCAUUCGACGUGGUCGCGAUGGCUCGGGUCAGGGGAGCAGCGGGUCAAGCCGGCGCGGCUUUGGGUACAGCAACCGGCGCAGCGGUGGUGGUGGGAGCAGCGACAGCGGACGAGCACUCUCCAGUUCAAACUGGCGUGAGAGAUCAUAG